CGCUGCUGUGCUAUUUAUUUAUUUAUUAUAGAUCCUUUUUUAAAUUUUAAGGAACCACACAAUGCUCAGCCUGUGCCUUUACGUCCCGGUGUCUAACUCAGACCCGGUUGAGGUGGAGUAUUUCGAGUCUAACAGCCUUCCGUCCGAGUUGAAGUCUCUCUUUAACAAACUGAGCGUCUUCCUGCCGUCUCAAGAGUUUUCUACCUAUCAAAGAUGGCGAAAGAAAACUUUAAAAAGGGAAGAAAACGACGCAGACGUACAACUGGAAUUCGACGAGUUUGUGCAAUAUCUUCAAGAUUACGAGAAGGACCUUAAACUUGUGGUGAAGAGUCUCGACAGGAAGAAUGCAGGUCGCGUUGAUGCUAAAGAGUUCAUGCAGUCUCUUUGGGAGAUCGGUGUUCAUAUUUCUCCGAGGCAGGCAGAGAAAGCCCUUCAGAGCAUGGAUAAGAGCGGGAUGAUCACAAUCAGCAGUAAAGACUGGAGCAGCUACCCCAUGGUGGAGAAGGCGGAGAGCAUCCCUGAGAUCAUCCUCUACUGGAAACACUCCACGAUAUUCGACGUGGGUGAGAACCUGAUGGUACCCGACGAGUUCACCGUCGAGGAGAAGAUGACCGGCAUGUGGUGGAGGCACCUGGUCGCAGGCGGAGCAGCUGGAGCCGUUUCCAGGACAUGCACUGCUCCACUGGACCGAGUCAAAGUCAUGAUGCAGGUUUACGGAUCUCGAACCAACAACAUGUGCAUCAUGAGCGGUCUGAUGCAGAUGAUUAAAGAAGGAGGCAUCAGGUCGUUAUGGCGAGGGAACGGCGUCAACAUCAUCAAAAUCGCUCCCGAGUCAGCGCUCAAGUUCAUGGCGUACGAGCAGAUCAAACGGUUGAUCGGCAGCGAUAAAGAGACUCUGAGCAUCUUGGAGAGGUUUGCUGCAGGUUCUCUGGCAGGAGUCAUGGCUCAGAGCACCAUCUACCCCAUGGAGGUUCUGAAAACCCGUCUGGCUUUAAGGACGACCGGACAGUACUCGGGUAUCUCGGACUGUGCGAAGCAGAUUUUCAGGCGAGAAGGCCUGGCAGCGUUUUACAAAGGCUACAUCCCCAACAUGCUCGGCAUUAUCCCCUACGCUGGCAUCGACCUGGCCGUGUACGAGACCUUGAAGAACAGCUACCUGCAGCAGUACGGUACCAACAGCACCGACCCCGGCGUUGUGGUCCUGCUGGCUUGCGGCACCGUGUCGAGCACCUGCGGUCAACUCGCCAGUUACCCCCUCGCUCUCGUCCGCACCCGCAUGCAAGCACAAGCUGCGACAGGAGGCAGCCAGCAGGCCACCAUGUCAAGUCUCUUCAGGCAGAUCCUGCAGACCGAGGGUCCCACGGGUCUCUACAGAGGCCUCGCCCCCAACUUCCUAAAAGUCAUCCCGGCCGUCAGCAUCAGCUACGUUGUGUACGAGCAAAUAAAGACACAGCUGGGAGUGACAUCACGCUGAUUCACCACCACCACCACCAUCACCCUUCCCCCCCUUCCUUUCAUUGUCACCAUGAGGAGUGUGUGACCUCCCACCCUUCCUAAAUACACACACACACACACGCCCCUCCCCCCCCUCCUCUAAAUACCACCCACCUACCCUCUCCCCUACUCGAGGGAAUCCCAGGGACCUUGUUGGGGUUCGUGGACGCUUCUCAUUCUGUGAAUGUCAGCUGACGAAAGACGAGAAAGGCCAAGAAGGAAAGAUGGAAGGAUAUAUGGACUCUGUGAGCUCAGGUGUUUUUUUUGGGGGAGGGGGGGGGAGGGGGGCUGACUGUGACUGUGACUGUGACCGCUGCUAUUUAUGUUUUAAAGAAGUCGCACCAAAGAAGCCUGAAUGUUUAAAAAGACUGUAAAUCAAGAAUCGAGGACCAAAUGUUAAGGUUUUUUUUUUUUUGGCUCUUCAAUUUUUUUUGGUGCCUGAGGAGAAAGUCUUCAGUUCUCAUGUUGGUGUGACUUUACGUUAAGUUUUUUUUGGGGGGGGGUCAGUCAACAUCCGUUAUAUACAUACACACACACA